GCGAAGGCUAUACAUGUGUCAUGUCAUAAUAUUGAAAACCCGAGGGCCGUAAUUGGCGGCGGCAGGGACUAAUUAACGUUAGCCUAGGCUGUUUAUGUUAGCAUGCAGAUCCUUCAACAGAAUAAACACAUGUAAUAAUCCGGACCUCUACCACAGUCGCCAUCCUUGCUCGGUUGCUAGUUCUUGCUUAUAAGACAUAGCCGUGUGCGUGCUGCUAUCACCCACUUCUCGCUCGCAUUAUUAUCCCUCUUACAACAAUCCAUACGAUAUUUUUCGGCUCCCGUCCACACCAUCGGCUCUCGGCGUCAACAACCCCAACAGACCAACAAUACUGCAAAGGAGCAAAAAACGUUCCGACUGGCAAUUAACUGGCAACUGCACGCUCCAACGGUGGCAUGCUAUAAUAGUGACUGUGUACCUCUCACUUUGACCAAGCCCAACUUCACCUCUCGGAUCUUGUCCAGAUACCCAAAAAAAAACAGAUCAACCGUUCGCGUACAAUGAGCGAAACUCCUCGAAUUCUUCGGCCCAGACCGCGGCGACCCUUCGAACUCCCUUCCAACGACUCCUCACAACCUCCCACCCCGCCCAGCGGCGAAGUUCAGGGCAGCAGCAACGCAGCCGAUCUCCUAGACGUCAAGAGCGACCUGGCAGCGAGACGGACAGGGUCGCUGCUCAACCUGACUUCCUCAACACUACUCGGAAUCUUCCAACCGACGGCGUUCGAGAGCGGUCGAGAUGAGAAUAGCCCCUGGGAUACGCAAAUACACACGCCGAUCGACGGCAACCUGCCACCUCACCGGGCCCUCGACACCCGGUCUCCAGAUCAGCGCGCUGCUGUGCACCGUCGGACGACCACUCUUACCUUCUACGUGCCAUUGAUUUCGAAAAUGAGUCUUCUUUUCGCAUGCGGGGUAGUGUAUGGGGUAAUCAUGGCCCAUUUGCACGAAAACCACCAGAUCACACCCGUCAAACUUGAACUCAUCGAUCGAAACUCGUACAGAUAUCUUGGUUCAUGGGGGGUGGGCGGAGUUGCGCUUGCCUUUGUGUUACCUUGGCUAGACAAUCUGUGGGAAAAUGCUAAAAGUACCUCAAGCUCGAAGAAGUUGGCAAAUGGAUACCAAGCGGCUGGAAAGGGAACAAGCAGUGGCACACGGUCUUCGCGGUGGACCCUUGCGGUUCGCAGCAUUGGUGCUUUUGUGGGAAUUGGCUUCGCUCUGGUUUGAUACCAUUUUUGUAUAUGAAGAAGAUGAUAUAUGCUAACUCUACAAAAGCGGAAACUGCCAUGGGAGUCUACGACCCAAGAAUCGCUUACCCUCGCUCUAGUCAACCCAUUCCUGUGGUAUUUGAUCGACCGGACGAAGACCGGC